AUGUCUACCGCUAUGAACCUCGACCGACCUCUCGAUGACAUCAUCUCUGACAAGCGCAAGCAGCACAAACGCUCCGGUGGCGUUGCUCGCCGUGGAGGCAGGACCAAUGGUACAGGUCCAGUCCGUAAUGGCCGCACGCCUCGGGCUCAACCUGCCGUCGCACCCGUCCCAGUCGCCAAAUCUCUGCAGCUUCCCCCACAGAUGGGGCAAGGAAGCAAGAUCAUUGUUUCCAACUUGCCUCCAGAUGUGACUGAGAAUCAGAUCCGGGAACUCUUCUACACCACCGUCGGUCAAGUGACCCGAGUCACCCUCAGCUACGACAGCCGUGGCGCCUCGAAGGGUAUCGCACAAGUCGAGUUUAAACGGAACGAGGAUGCUACCAAGGCAUUUCAACAGUACAACAAGCGUCUCAUUGACCAGAGUUCGUUAUUUCGUUCUUUUUUCAUGAGCUUUUUCCUUUAG